UCUCAUUUUUCAGUUUCUUCAUGUAUUGAUUAUUUUUUUUAUAUAUUAUUAUUAUGUGUUUCAUGGCGUUGGAUUAACGAUUAAAAGCAAAAAAUUUUUUACUCACAAAUACAUAAAAGUUACGUCUACCCGUCUACCCUUGUUCGGAACUAGAACCUAAUGUAUAAUUGUGGUAAACUGGCAAUUGCCCUUUAGAGACCAGACUCAGAGCAUAGGUUUAAUACUUUGUUUUCCCGAAAUUUUAUAAUUAUGGAAGCUAAAGUCGAAGUUAAAGAGGAGUUGGAGGAAUAUGGCCAAAGAUACAUGCCCAGUCAGCAAUCCACAGAAGUAUAUGUCAAAGAAUUGAAGAAGGAUGAACGGGAUACAUAUUCACUUGAAAUGGGAAAUAUGAAUUAUUCAGAGGAGGAGCAUGGAAUGAAGAUUAUGAAAACACCUUUAUCCCUAAAAGAAGAGGAAUCUGUAAGUCAACACUCCGAGGACGUAACAGUAAAUGGAAAUACGGAAAUUCAGACUAUGCAAGGAUCUUACCUAAGUAAACCCAGCGAUUUUGAAACAGCCUUGAAAGUUGAUACUAGAAAAAGACCUCACAAAUGUGAAAUUUGUCUUAAGCAAUUUUCACUACGAAGUAUUUUAAAUAAACAUGUACUAGUACACACUGGAGAGAGACCUCAUAAAUGUGAAAUUUGUCUUAAACAGUUUACUCAGUUAGGUACUUUAUAUAGGCAUAGAAAAGUUCACACUGGGGAAAAAGCAGAAAGACCUUAUAAAUGUGAAAUAUGUUUUAACCAGUUUACUUAUAAAAGUUCUUUAAAUACCCAUAUGAGUGUUCACACUGGAGAAAGGCCGUAUAAAUGUGAGCUUUGUCCUAAGCAGUUUAGUCUAAAAACUAAUUUAAAUAACCAUAUGAGUGUUCAUACUGGCGAAAAGCCUUAUAAAUGUGAAAUUUGUUUUAAACAGUUUACUCAAAAGGGUACUGUAAAUACCCAUAUGAUAGUUCACACUGGAGAAAGGCCUUAUCAGUGUGAAAUUUGUCUUAAGCAGUGUUCUUUUAAAUCUGCUUUAACUAAACAUAUGACAGUUCAUACUGGAGAAAGACCGUAUACAUGUGAAGUUUGUCUUAAGCAGUUUAGUCGAAAAGCUCAUUUAAAUAAACAUAUGAGCAUUCAUACUGGUGAAAGACCUUAUCAAUGUGAAACUUGUCUUAAGCAGUUUACUACCAAAGAUCAGUUAAAUAUACACAUGAGAGUUCAUACUGGUGAUACACCUUAUAAAUGUGAAAUUUGUCUUAAGCAGUUUACAGUACAAAGUAGUUUAACUAAACAUCUUCUAAUUCACACUGGAGAAAGGCCUUAUCAAUGUGAAGUGUGUCCUAAGCAGUUUUCCUGCAAAUCUGGUUUACAUCAACAUAUAAGAAAAGUUCAUACUGAGGAAAGACCUUAUCAAUGUGAACUGUGCCCUAAGCAGUUUUUAUACGAAUCUAUUUUAAAUGAACAUAUGAAAGUUCAUACUGGGGAAAGACCUUAUCAAUGUGAAAUUUGUCUUAAGGAGUUUACUCAAAAAAGUUCUUUAAAUACACAUAUGACAGUUCAUGGAGUUCAUAGAGAAACACCUUAUAAAUGUGAAAUAUGUCUUAAGCAGUUUUUGUACCAAUCUGCUUUAAAUGAACAUUUAAAAGUUCAUACUGGAGAAAGGCCUCAUGAAUGUGAAGUUUGUCAUAAGAAGUUUACUCAAAAAUAUCAUUUAAAUGAUCAUAUGAGAGUUCAUAGUGGUGAAAAACCUUAUCAAUGUGAAAUUUGUUUUAAACAGUUUAGUGUUAAAGAUUAUUUAAAAAAACAUGUGUACAACGUUCAUACUGCAGAAAGACCUUAUGAAUGUGACAUUUGUCAUAAACAGUUUAAUCAACCAUAUCUAUUAAAUAAACAUACUGUGAGAUUUCACAGUGGAGAAAAAACGCUUACAAAUGUUGACUUUUGUGAAUGUGAAAUUUGUUUUAAACGCUUUUCUUACAAAUCUGGUUUAAACGAGCAUAUGAGAGUUCACACUGGAGAAAGGCCUUAUAAAUGUGAAGUUUGUGACAAGCAGUUUGCACAGAAAAGUACUUUAAACAUUCAUAUGAGAGUUCAUACUGGUGAAAAGCCAUAUAAAUGUGAAAUGUGCCCAAAGGAGUUUACUGAAAAAAGAGGUUUAAAUAAACACGAAAGUACACACUGGACAAAUUUGUCUUAAGGAGUUUUCUCAAAAAGUAUUUUACAGUACAGACUCUGAUGAAGAACAAUGUUGCCUGUUCUACACCUUACAGUGGUUCCAAAUCUUGAAAACGUGAUCAUGAGGUAAAAGAAAAAGUCCCUAUCUAGGAAUUUUGAUGUUUACAGUUGUUGUCUCAUACUAUCGUAGAGUCGUAAUACGCAGGUAUAAGGAUCAGACAGGAUGUAUUCUUAUUCAUACCUCAGCGACAAGUGAGCCACGUACGACAUUAUUUUGGCCGGCAGUGAAAGUGAAAAAGAACGCAUUUAUUGGAAACGGUUAAAACGUUUUGUAGUUUAUCAAUUUUAUCACUGUAAAGCAGAUUCUUCUUUUGCAAGCAUGUAUUAAUGUAAGAUAUAAGUUGACUUAAGAUUUGAUAAUAAUCAGUGCAUAAAAUUUGUUAGUGAAUAAACAGUAAAAAUAUACUUGAAAUAAUCAAAAUUUUGUAAAAAUGCAUUCAAAACGUACACAAUUCUGCAUAAUUCUGCGAUUAACGUUUAUUAAUCUCAAAAUGUAUACUACGAGCAUACAGAAUCACAUUAGUUUAGCUGCCUUAACUGCCUAUGCAUUGCUGGUAGUUCUUUGAAUACAAAAGUGUGAAAUGACGCACAUUAGAUGAUUCGGGCGAUUGUUGAGUAUGUAAUGGCUGUUGAGCAUAACUUCUGACUAUUGUACUUGUACUUAAAAAAUAAGUUGUAUUGUAAUCAAGAAUUUCAAAAGUCCCUUAUGAUAUAAAAUUACAAAAAAUUAUUUCAAAUAAACUUUUCGAAUUUCUUUCCGCCAUAUUGUUAGCCAUAUCCUCCAUUCUGUUUUGUUUUUCAAAAAAAUAAUGUCAGAUUUGUUAUCAGCAACUUUAGAUAACCUAAUUUGGAAAAAAUAUUUGUUUUUGAUUGAUAUUUUCGAAUUUCUUUCCGCCAUAUUGUAUUCAAUUCAAUAUGCAUUAUUGUAUAUUUAAAGGUAAUUUAAGUAUCCAUACUGGAGAAAUACUAUUUCAUACUGGAGAAAUAAUGUAUACAUGUGAAGUUUGUCUUAAGCAGUUCACUCGAAAAGCUCAUUUAAAUAAACAUAUGAGCAAUCAUACUGGAGAAACCACUUAGAAAUGUGAAACUUGUCUUAGGCAGUUUACUACCAAAGAUCAGUUAAAUAUACACACGAGAGUUCAUGCUGGUGAUAUAAAUACGCUAACAGAUACAUUCAUUGAAACCAGGAAUUAUACAGAUUUACACAACAGUAAAAUAUUACCAAUUUAUAAAUUUCCGUAUAAAACUUUGAUAAAAAAACCAAGAAUCAUAAUUCCUAAAUAUACAGAAUCAAAUCAUUUAAAUAAUGUUUUAGUAAAAUCUAUACUGAGCGACUUUGUGGAUUAUACAGUAAUUUACACAGAUGGUUCUAAAAAUCAAACAGGAGUAGGAUGUUCUAUGUAUGUGCAAAAUACCCAUCAACAUAAUAAUUAUAAAUUAUCUAGUAUUAGUAGUAUUUUUACAGCUGAGAUUAUAGCCAUCGAAAAAGCUCUAGAAUGGAUAAAAGAGAUUAAUAUUGAAAAAGCUGUGAUAAUAACAGACUCCAGAUCUGCAAUAUAUGCAAUUGAAAAUACUGAUUUUAGUUCAUACAAAUCAAAAAUUUUAUGUAAUAUAAAAAAUAAUUUGUCUAAAGUGGAAGUAGUAUUUAUAUGGGCAAAAGGGCAUGCCGGUAUACUGGGUAAUGAGAAAGUGGAUGAGUUGGCCAAAGAUGCAAUAAAAAAUGGUGAGAUCCUAACUCAGAUCUUAUCGACAGAUGCAAUAAAUGACGUCAAAGAUAGAAUAAAUAAAAUAUGGAAAAAACAAUGGAAAAAUAUUUGAAGCAUAUCAAAAAACUUAUAUCUUUCUUUACAUCAAGAACUUCCUCCGCCACCUGAAUACAUAUUUAAGUAUAACCUGCCAAAGCAAGAUAUUUCUACUAUCUAACUACUAACUUAAUGAUUUAAAUCAAUAGUUGCAAGGGAAGAGUACAAAUGUAUUGAUUUUGGCUAACAAAAUAAAAGCUUUUUGUAGGAAAAUAAGUUUGUGGAUAGACGAAAUCAGUGCUGAAAACUACGAGGUGUUUGCAUGUUUGGAGAAAUUUUCUGAAGAAAACAAUAUAAAGCUCGAAGAAGUUAAAACCAAAAUCAUCAUGCAUCUUACAAGCCUUAACGACGUUCUACACCUUCGUUGCGGGGUAUGCCUCUCAGAGGAAAGGAGGGGAAACUUAUAUGCAAGCAAAAGUUGGUAACAAUGCAUUUAUAGCAGAAUACUCAAAUCAUAUGUUUCAGUAUUGAAUACUUUAUAAAAAUAAAUUAUAAUAAAUUACGGAAAUUACGGAAUUAAUUAUAAUAAAUAAAUAAAAAAUAAAUGGGACGGUAAACAAUCCUCAUUUUUUAAUAUGUUUAUUCCUUACCAAAAAACCUUUAAUUUAAGCACAAAUAAUUAAAAAUCGUAAAUUUGGGUCAAAAGUUAUUAACUUUUUAAGAAUUCCCAUAAGAGCCCAUGUUAAAACUUAACUUUGACCCUUAAUAUUAAUUAAACGGCACGGUAAAACAAUUUUUAAAAAAUCAAGUCUUAGUUUUUUGAAGUAAACUAUAACAUACUAAAAUUUCAUGCAAAUCCUUAAUUCUUUGCCGAAAGUGUAGAACGUCGUUAAGCAAGACUUGGUAAUACGAUUCCCAGAUACGUCACACGGCGACCAAUGGAUAAUUAAUCCAUUCACUUGUGAUCUUAACACGUGUAGAUGAACUUAAAAGAAAAGGAGCAGCUGAUCGAUUUAUUGUCCGAUGAAAGCCUUCGAUCUAUUUUCAAAACCACGGAUCUAUCCAAGCUCUGGAUAAUGAUGGAAAAGGAAUAUCCACUGUUAUACAAAACAUCUCUGCUGAAAUUGCUGCCAUUCGCAUCUACAUAUUUACCUGUGCGAGACAGCUUUCUUCACAUUGACUGCUAUAAAAACAAAAUAUCGCUCCAGACUUAACGGAGAACCUCAUUUGAGGGUGUCUCUUUAUGAUAAUACAUAUAUCAUCAAGAAUUAAUAUACUGACUGCAAGUGUACAAGCACAUGGUUCACAUUAGUUUGUAAACUUACGUAUAUGUACAUAUUAAAAAAUAAAUAAAAUGUUAAAAUAA